AAACCAAAUUAAUUUUAUAAAUUUCCAAACAUAAAUCACAAAUAAUUCGGUGAGCGUAGAAAAUAAAUAUAAAUAUAUAUCGCACACGCAAAGCUGACACGCCUCAAGGAUAAAGUCGAAAACCGCAAAAGCAAAAGCAGCAGCACCACCACCACAACCACCAAACAGCAGAAACAGAAGCAGAAGCCGCACCACCAGCCAAGGCAGCCUCAAAUUCACACAAGGUCAACGGAAUUAAUAUUUUUUAAAUGGAAAUCAUUCCUGAAGGUAAACACUUUCGUUUGGUGCAUGAAUCAGAGCUUCCAGAAAUUUUGGUAACUUUAGAACGCUAUCUGCCGGAAUCAUUAAAGUUUCAUCAAACCAUAAAAACGUACCUGAAUGAUCGUAUUUGGGAUUUUAAGUUUUAUGUUGCUAAAGAUUGGCCCGACAAACCGAUAAUUCUCCAUUUCCCAGGAUGCACGCUUGCGCCGCACAACAAUAUAUACCAAACUCUUGGCAUAUUUUGUCCAUCCGCACACAUCGAGCAUGUCGAUUUGCUGCGCACCGAAGAUGUACUUAUAGAUUGGCAGAAGCCUAUGUACCUGAACUUUACGCACAUCGCCAUUAUGAAUCGCCUGGAUGACUUCUACUCCAAGUUCGGUGUGAUGGAACGACUCAGUGGUGAUAUCUACGUGUGCAACAAGCUGAACGCCGACUUGGAGCUGGAGCCGCUGCCGGAGGACGCGGAGAUGCGUCUGCUGAACCUGGACAACGUGCAGGGCAUCCAUGAUCUAUAUCCUGCCAACGAAAUCGAGUGCGUCCAGCUGUUCGACAUCCUCGUGCGCAAGCUCCCCGGCUUGGGCAUCUUUCGCAAGGAAACCGGUGAGCUUGCCGCCUGGAUGGUCCACUCAUAUUACGGCGCCAUGUUCUCAAUGCAAACACGUCCAGACUUCAGGCGCAUGGGCUAUGGAAUCCGUCUGGCCAAGUCGCUGACCCAACUGGUGAUCGAGCGCGGCUACACGCCCUUCGUUGUGAUACGUCCCGGGAACGAUGCGUCCCGCAGUCUGUACACCAAGCUGGGCUACGAGAAGGCCUUCGAGACGUGCCGCGUGCGGAUGACGCCGGACUGCUACGAGGACAGCACCGUGGGAACCAUCGGCAACACGUCCUACGGAAAGUUUCCGCCGCUGCCGCAGGGCGAGUGCGUGGUGGUGACCAAGCUGCGGCGCAAGCAUGUGCCCGGCGAGAGCCAGACGGUGGACGAGGGAAUCGAGGAUAUGUUGGCUGAAAAAUGUGAUAUCAGCGGCGACGAGGCGAGGGAGCGCAAGACCACAACCGACGAGGGCAUCGGGGAGGACAAGUAGGCCAGGCUGGGUUAGGGAUACCGG